CUUUAACAUAGCUAAAAACUAACCAAGUCCAGCUUUCAGCAAUAGCAUAGAAUUUGAUACCUUAUUAAAAUGCAUUUUUUUACUGUACUUUCAAAUACAUUAGCUUGAAAGAGCGAGUGCCAUAACGGAACAAGUUCAAUUUCUGCACAUAUUCUACAUUCUCUAUAUAAGAAUUGCAUUGUCUGCAUGGUCUGUUUUAGGACGAUGUUAAUUGGUAUUCACCAACAUAAGAAUCAGUCUGGUGCAUUUAUUCCAAUUUAAUGUGCAUGCAUGAUUGUAAAGAUAUGAAACAAGUUUGCAUUGCAUGUGGUAUUCAUUAAAAGUAUCAUUUUGGUUAUUCAAGGGUCAUUUCAAAUGAAAUAUUUAUUAAGGAUUGACUGCUUAUGAGACUUUCAACUUAGAGCGAUUGCACAAACUAUUUCAAGACAGUUGCCACUGGUAUGUAUUGAAUUUUGUGGCGUGUGUCUCCUUUCUUUGUAUAUCCUAAUGAAUCAAUCUCGCUUUGCUAAUGAAUAAAUCAGUUGUGGUAAAAACUAGAUAUCAGAUUAGCAACAAAACAUUGUUACUUCUCACUUGAAAUGUGCUCAAGGAAAGCUAUUAAAUUUCUAAACUUCGUGUUAUUCGAAGCAAUCUUUUAAAAAUAUUUUCAAAAACCUUUGCCAAGGAAAGUUUAGUUCUCCAGAUUAGCUUAGAUUCCCGUUUUCAAGUUUAUAGUGUGGAAAUUGGAACUUUUGAAUUAUGUGGCAUUUGGAAAUCUUAGCCUUAAAUGGUGCAUUCGAUUGUAAAGAUAUUUGUAGCUGACAGUUCUUGCCUGCUGUCAUAAGUCUUAUAGCUGUUCCUUUAUUGAUCGAGGAUUAAUCAAAAUUUUUGACUGAAUUGUCAAAUAACCAAUAGCUACAGGCAUACCAGUAGCAAAAUUAACAUUCAUGGUUAUUAAAAAAUUUUAUUUUGUACCAACUGUAAACCGUUUACAAAAAAAGACGGUCAAUUUUUCCAUUUAUUAUUUAUAUGUACUAACUAGGUGGAGCUAUUGAGCCAAUAGAACUCAUUCCUCGAUCAUUUUAUAUUUAAAAAUCACAUGAAGCUUUUGAGGUAUUCCUCGGCAAGCAGACCAAAGAUAAGAAGCCAACAGCUGCCCACGACUCAAAGUCGUCAACAAGAACAUGGGUUUUGACAAAAAGACACAACUGGCAAGACUGCUUUUGGUCUGCUUAAUGGCUAUCAAGAGAUGCAAUGGACUAAUUCUUCGCCUUCCUUGCCUGGUGCAUGCAGAUUUCACGAUAUUCGAAGUUGAUUGGUCUCUACAAGGAAGCCUGUUGGAAACAAUACAAGGUAUCCAUGAUGGAGACUGCACGUUGGAAUGUGUAAAGCAUCCUAAAUGCAAAUCAUACAAUAUACAGAAUGUCACUGCCAUUUGUGAACUGAACAGUAAGAUUGCUGGUGAAAAUGGAAGUAGUCUUGUUCAAAGACCUGGCUGGGUUUACAAGUCAACAGAUUACAACCAGACAGAGGUUGGAGAAUCAUGCCAGAGGCUUCAUCCGUGUGCAAGUAACGUCCUCUGCAGGGAAACGUGUCACCAUCCCUACUACGAAUGCAUCCAUUGCGAUAGUCUACAUAGUGGGUUACAUUGCGACAAACAGAAAGAGCACAAUCAAUGUCUGACUAACCCGUGCAAAAAUCAAGGGAGUUGUAUCAGUGAAGAGAAUGAUUAUAGAUGCAUUUGCCAACCUGGUUUUACAGCGAAAAAUUGUGAACAAGAGAUUGAUGAAUGCACAAGUCUUCCAUGCUUCAAUGGCGGAGCAUGUUUUGAUAGACUGAAUGGUUUUCAGUGCGUUUGUAUACCAGGCUUCGUUGGCCAGCAUUGUGAGACAGAUUACAAUGAAUGCAGCAGCAAUCCAUGUCCAAAUGGAAUAUGCAGAGACCUUCUGAAUAGCUUUAGCUGCACAUGUAACGCUGGUUGGGUAGGGAUAACAUGCAACCAAGAUAUCAACGAAUGUGCAAGUAACCCAUGUGGUUACGGAAUCUGCAACAAUCUCGAAAACCACUUUAGCUGUACUUGCAAUCCUGGAUGGGCUGGUAAAAGAUGUUUUUCGGACAUCAAUGAAUGCAGUAGUAACCCGUGCAUCUAUGGAAUUUGCAAUAACCUUCAAAACAGAUUUAGCUGUACGUGCAGUGCUGGCUGGAUUGGGUCUUUGUGUAAUCAUGACUAUAAUGAAUGCAGUAGUAAUCCAUGCGUCAAUGGAAUCUGCAAUAACCUUCAAAACAGAUUUAGCUGUACAUGCAAUGCUGGCUGGACGGGGACUUUAUGCAACAAGGAUAUAAAUGAAUGCUUGAACAGUCCCUGUCAAAAUGGAGGCAUCUGUCAUAAUACAAAUGGUGGAUAUAGCUGUUACUGUAUACUUCCAUUCUAUGGAUAUCAUUGCGAGAAAGUCAUGGGCUUCGGACGAAGGAAGUAAACAAGAAAGUAACAAGUUUUUCGACAGCAGUCUUUUUCAAUUCCAUCAACAACAACGUUUUACUACGAAGCAAGUUCAGAAGAUUUUAUGGCAAGGAUCAAUUAACAUUUUGAAGCUUAGAAAACAAGCAUUAAAAGCAUCUGUCGAAGAUUACUGCUAAAAUCUUUUGUUAAUUAGCUUUUUUCAAGUAAGGUGGAAAUGUUUAAUAGUUCGAUUCAUUUCUGUAUAGCUCGAACAAUUUCUAGGACAUUUUACAGCUUAUAUGUAAUAUUCAAUCUACAAUCGAAUUUCCAAUGCUUACUUUGGAUUUUCACUUUGUUUGCUUUGACUUUAAUCGUUCGAAAAUAAAUUGUAAUGUAAAUACAACGGUAUCUUAUAUUCAUGGCAGACCUGAAUAAUUCUAUGUAAAAUAAGCUCAAUUAUUCCAAUCAGGGCAAAAAACCAAUAGAGCUUUGUCCUUGAAGAUCAUAUACUUAAACAAUUUCAACAUCUCCUUUUCUAGCACGAUGAAAUUGUUGUUCAUGAGUCUUCUACAGAUAGUUAUGUGUAUUUAGCACUAAUCUCCCCAAAAGCAUUUUUUUGCCUUUUUUCCUGAUUUUUUCCUGAUUGUUGAUAAUAUGAAAACCCACACCAGUACAUUGAAAAAGUCGAUUGAAUUUUUUUGCUGGCCUCGUGACAUAAUUUCAGAGAGAAUGAUAAGUAGUUGACCAAAUUAUCAAUGCUGCAAAAAGCAAUAACAGAAAUAAAGAAUACGAAAAAUGUACCAUUUCCAAAGAAUAACAGCGUUCUUAGCUAUUAAAAGCACUUGUAGUUAGUGACUAACAAGAGUUAAAUGUUUAGUUUACAGUAUGUUUUCAGUUUUUCAAAGAUCACUUAUGAUGUAACUUUCUUCGCAAGAUUACAAUUAAAAUUAAAACUACAAAUAGAUUGCCAUAAAGUAAAAUUAAUAGAAUAUAAUUGCUCAAAAUUUAUUUAGGUUACUAGGGAUAUUUGAAGUUUACCUAAUUCUGUAAACCAGAAGGUAUUGAUAAAUAUUGAUGCUACUGUUGUGGCUUUUGCACGGUUGGUAAAGAGUAUGUGUUUUUAAAGCCUUGAUAAUUUAAUCACAAAUCUAUUGUUGUUAUUUGACUGUACUACCUAGUACGGAGGGUUGAAGGUUUCAAUCAUAUGAUUUCCAGAAAGGCUAAAGUGUUGUAAAUAUAUGUCACUGUCAAAACACAAUGGAGCUUUUGGGUGCAAACGAUCCAUGUAGUCAAUUGUUCCGUAAUUGUAAGUUAAACUUUUCUACAAACUGUGAAUAUUUUUGUUACUGUGAACACAGAAUCUUCUAAAUAAGAGAAUAAAUUUUAUUAGACACAUGUUUUGAAAAAUUUUUCAAUUCUGCGCCACUGAUCUCUGAAAGGGCUUCACAAUUUAGAUCAAUUUCCAGAUGUUUUUUAACCCAACUCUGCACCUUCUUCCUAAAAUCUUAAAAAGUUACAGUCGAUCAGAAUUUCUUAUCAAAAAUUUUGCGAUUGGUGAUAGAAAAUAUUUUAAAUUGUAAAAAAUUUCAAUUAAUUUUCCUCUACGAGUUAUAAAGAAUGAAAUAAAGAAGACCUCCUCUAAAUAAAGUUUUCUUAAAUUUUUGCCUUCUUUUCAGCUAAAAAUUAUUUGACGGUACAAAAAAUAAAAAUGGCUUUGAAAAAAAUCAAACAUUUCACAACAUAGUACUUCUUAUAUAUUAAAACAAGUUAUUAAAGAUGUACUCCUUGUAUAUUUCACAACAUACUAACAGAAAAGCAGUACACAAAAGAAUUUAUUUUAUAGCCAAUAUUUUAAAUACUUUAGCUUAAAAACUUCUUUUUAUCUUGUUCAGGAAAAGUGACAUAAUAACGACUCCGAGAAUUGCAGACGUAAUCCUAUUGGUUCAUUAAUUGUACUCGCACAUUAGCAUUUGAUUGUUAGAAUAAAAGUAGACUGCCAAUUAGAAGGAAAGCACGAUUGCUGAAAUAGGUUUUUCAUAUUUGUUGUUGCAAACAUUGUGGUAUUGCCAAUUGGAUUCAAUCUGUCAAGAUGAUAACAGAUAAUUUGACUUUGUUACCU